GAUAUUGAGCAACAGCAGGUUGUACUGUGGUGGAGAGAAAGUUUUAUAGAGUGAAGAUAGUAUAUCUAUCUAGUAGAUCAGUAAAAGUUUGAUACUAUAAAGUUUUUUACUCAUCGGGUCAAUUUUUGGGUUUUCGAGUUGGCUGCUUCUACUUUUGAUAACAUUACUUUUAGAGUCUGACGUUUUUAGAGGAAAAUGACUUUGUUCUGCAUCACUGCCAUAAACUGAACGAGAGCGAAGACGGAAGAAAGUGAGAGGCUGUUAUGAUGAAAGAGAGCUGACAUGACAGAGGAGUGGGCGAGAGGGGAGGGAAGGUAGAGCGAGGCAGACAAAGAGCAGGUAGAGAGAGAGAGAGAGAGAGAGAGAGAGAGCACCAAGCUGAGGACUCAGAGAGAAGAAGUGAGAACAGAGGUCGAGCAACAGGGGUCGUGGAGAAAAGGAACAAAAACUAAAAGAGAAAGUCAACAGCUUCUGCCGAUGAUCUUCCACCAUCUUUAAGAAAGUGAACCUGAGAGAGAGAGAGAAUAAAACGUCGUCGCCAUAAUGAAGUUGUGGAGGCGCCUCUGCUUCCUUGUUCUAGCAGUCUCUUCGACUUCCAGAGGACAAUCCUCAACUACAGAUUCAACACAUAACGAGGAGGUUGCAGGUGACCCGGACCCCUGGGAUCUUCCCAAGUCUUUGAAUGACACCGAACAUAACUCCACCCACUCAACGCUGCCCCCCCCAUCCUCCCCGAGUCAUGUGUCGGAAAAUGCAACAGAUCCGCUUUCAACAGUGAUUACGACGGGCGUGGAAACAAAGGACGGCGGUGGCAGCACAUCGGCUCCUGCGACGACCUCGGCCAGUGAGACGGAAGGGGCCGCCGUCCGUACGACCACCGUUCCCAUGGCAACAGCAAGCAGCUCAGCAGAGCCAGGGACAGCUGCAGCUGCAGGUGGUUCGUCACUGGGUUAUGUGAUGAUGGUGUUGAUCUUUAUAGUGAUCAUUGCUCUGUGUGUCAUCCUCUUCUUUCUCAGGAGAGCGUCCAGGACGUACUCGUUUGACCUCCAGUUCCCAGAUCCCAUCAUUAAUCAGUUCAGCGAACCCAUCGGCACCUUUGAACCGGUCUACCUCGAUGACCUAGCCCCUAACGAACGAGUGGCCACCAGUGAACCUCCAGUAGCCAACGGCACGAGUCUCCAGUCGGAGGAAAAAGGCUCCAAUGGAGAGAACGUUUGCAUCGGUCUGGAGCUGUCACCACUGAGCUGUGACACCAGCCCCUCGCCGGGCGAAGACCCAGCCGACAAGACGUCGGAGCCACCGAGCAGCGCCAACCUGUUCUUCGAGGACACUGGAGAGACGCAGCAGAACGAAAACAACAACAAUCCCUCGGUUUGUUCCAGUGACCCAUUCGUUGAAAUAAACCUGGACGAGCCGGCGUGGUGCGAUCAGCUCCUCACCUCUCCUGAAGCCACCUCCUCUGUCCUCCCCUUCUCUCCUUUCUCCUUCUCCUCCUCCUCCUCCUCCUCCUCCUCCUCUUAGCCCCUUCAGAAACCACCUCGACACCAACAUGGAGACUUUCAAACACCAGGACAUCAGCAACUUUCAUCUCUUUAUCUCCAGUCCGCUACCAGCUAGUAGGGGACUGUUUUUUUGG